CUUUGGGGCAGGGUAAUGGGUGCAGCCCCGGGUGUUGUGCCUCUGUCGGAUUCGUGUUUUUUUACCAGAAGUGACAGCGAAGAAUUCAAAUCAAGAUGUUUCUUAAGCCUUUUAGAGUCAAAUCAAAUUCUCAAAUUAAGGGAUCCGACAGGAAAAAGCUGCGCUCGCAGUUGGCGGCUGCCUUCCCGGUGCUGACGGCCGAGGCAUGCGCCGAGCUGAUCCCGACCAAGGACGAGGUGUCCGUGUCUCGCCUGGUGACGCACGGCGGUGCCACCGUCGUCUGCUACCUGUCGGCGCGCGAGCCCGUGCUGCUGGAGCUGGACGGCCGCCUGCUGCCGACCGUGUACACCCUGUGGCGUUACCCGGACCUGCUGCCCACCUUCACCACGUUCGCGCCGGUGCUGACCAAGCUGCGCGGCGGCGCCGACCUCAUGCUGCCGGGCGUGAUCGUCGACCGCGAGCUCGGCCUGCGCGCCUUCGGCCGACUACAGAAGGGCGUGCCGGUCGCCGUGAACACGGACGCCAACCGGGCGCCGGCGGCCGUCGGCUGGGCGGCGCGCAGCAGUGAGGACAUGUACAUGGCGGCCGGCCGCGGCAAGGCCGUGCUGCUCGUGCACGUGCUGGGGGACCUGCUCUGGGAGCUCGGCAGCCGGCGGCCGGCGCCCGAGCUGGGCCCUCCGCCCGCGCUGGCAGCGGCUGGGGACGUUGCGGCCGCGGAGGCUGCGGAGGGUGACGCGGAGGACGGGGAGGACACGGAUGGCUCCGAGGGGGAGCCGGGGGAAGAGCAGCAGGAGCAGGCCGACAGGGACGGGGAAGUCGCCGGGGAGGCGGAGGAGCGGACCGACGCCGACUCAGAGACGGCCAGGCUCAUUGCCGAGGCCCUCCGCCUGGAGGACAGCGACGCGGCGCCGCCGGCCGAGCCGGCACCCGAGCCCCCGAAGCCCGUCAACAUGGACGAGCUGCUGUACGACGCCUUCCGACAAGCGUGGCGGACGUCCGCUAAGCGUCUCGAGCUGCCCGUCCUCGUCUCGAACUUCUACGCGCAGCACAUGCAGCCCAACAGCCCGCACCCGCUGGACGUGAAGAAAUCCUCCUACAAGAAGAUCUCCAAGUUCCUGGAACGAAUGCAGAAGGAGGGCCUGGUGGAGGUGAAAGAGCUGGCGAAGGGCGUACAGAGCAUCGUGUCCGUGGCGCUGGAGCACCCGGAGAUCCGCUCGUACAAGGUGCAGGACAUCUGUCGGGAGGAGGAGCCGGCCCCGGCCGAGCCCGAGCCGGCCGGACACCGCUCCAAGACGAUCGAGCGCAUCGAGGAGCUCUACAUCGUCAGCGGCAACGUCUCGGCCGUCUUCAAGGAGCUCAAAAUCGCCAAGGGCACGCCCAUGUCCGCACAGGACGUCAGGAAACACCUGACGCAGUAUGUCAAAACGAAACAGCUGCAGGAUGAAGAUAACAAAAGCCAGGUGCGGCUGGACCCGGUGCUGGCGUCGAGCCUGACGGGCCGGGCCGACGGCGCCCUGGCGGCGCUGCGCUGGGACGAGCUGCACCAGCGCUGCCUGCAGCGCAUGUCUCCCGGCCACCUGGUGCUGUUCCGCGGCGAGCCGCCGCUGGUCAAGAAGGGCGCCGUGCCCAGCGUCGAGCUCAACACCGCCACACGCUCCGGCAACAAGAAGAUCACCAUGGUGCUGAACCUGCCCGCGUUCGGGAUCGACCCGGCCGAGUUCGCGCACCGCUGCCAGGUGGGCGUGGCGGCCAGUACCAGCGUCGGCGAGGCGCCCAACCGGCCGCCCGGCACCAGCCAGGUCAUGGUGCAGGGCAACCAGAUCCGCUUCAUCGGCAAACUGCUGCAGGAAGACUACAAGGUUCCCAAGAAGUACAUCAAAGGCCUGGAGAAGGCUCCGAAGAAGUGAUGGUUAUUUUUUGGUGUUGUCUUUGUGAUAUCGUGUUCAUCUUGAACCGUGUGUUGCUGACACUUUGUUUUUGAUAACAGAGACAUGACGGUGU